AUGCACGUAGUGAGUGAUCUACAACAGAGGCCGAAUAAGAGUCGUCUGAAGUGCGAGAAACGCAUUGUUCCCUUCUAUGACAUCUGUAGUGUCGUGCAGUUCGUAUGUUUAGUAAUUCACACAACAAAGGUUGUGAUGACUGCUCGAUGUACCUUUGCUCAUUCUCUCUGGUCCAAAAACAAUCUAGAGCUUGUUCCACCCUUGGUAAUGAAGUUAGAUUCAUGUUAUUAUAUGACAACGCGGAGUACAUUAUACGCCUUUAAGGACGUUUCAGUUGAGUUGUUUUUAUCGGGUGUAAGUGACGUUUUUGCAGAUCAUGCGAUACAGAUGGGAUUAGCCAUUUUUUUCUGUGCCUUUACGCUCUUCUUUGGUGCAGUGAACCGCAGUGCUGUGGAAAAUAACUUUUUUAGCUACCGUUGGCGUAACUUUGUAUUUCGCAAAGAUCUCAUUGCUGCCUUGGAGAUUGCAAUGUUGUGUCUUGUCCUCCGCACGGCUCUCAUGGCGACGGCGGCGGGAAGUCUCCUUGAGGAUUAUUUGCGUUACUGCAAAGUUGUCUCCCGUGCGUACUUGCCGUUCUGCACAGUGGUCCCACUCUUUGUGUUUGUUGGGGCUGGUUUCGCCACUUACGUGGUGGGCUGUGUGCUGUAUCUAUACAACGCCCUGCCCAAGUACGGCAUCAUGACAGAAGAGGAGAUUGUCGACUACAAAGUGUGGCUGCGCGGCCGGCGGGCCCGCAUUGAAGAGGCGAAACGCGCAGCGGAAGCAGCAAAGUUGGCAAACAUGCGACUGCAGUUGAUGAUGCGGGAUUCGAGUAGACCGCCACUACGUGAAAUGACGCGUUCCGCAUCCUUUUCCACAAGCGGUCAACCAGACCAUUACGUCCACCCCGAUGUUUCCGCAGCGUCGCAGCGGCGGCACUCCUCUUCUCAUGUGCCACUGCCAAUAAAUUUACCCCGACGUCGGGAGACUUCUCUCAUGCGACAACAGCAACAACAAUACAAUCCACAGCAGAGUCAGAGUCAAUCACAACAAGAACAAGAUGAGGGAAAUUCACACUCCGCAGGUAUACCCCUUUAUACCUCUUACAUUGGGGCUUCGCCAUUCUUUACCCAAAAGAAUUAA